AUGGAAGCUGCUGGAUUAGCCAUCGGAGUUGUAGGGCUCGUCAGCCUCUUCAGCAACUGUUUGGAUGUUCUCGACAAAUUCGAGGCAUACCGGGAUUUUGGAACCGACCUCCAUUAUGUGGCAACUCAGUUUGAGGCUGAGAAACUCCGUUUCGAAAAAUGGGGCCAUGCCGUUGGUGUCCUGUGGAUCAAUGGACCCGCGGGGUUCGGGAAGACGAUCCUCUGUGCUAGAAUAGUCGAACACAUCUCGGCCGACAUUGGAACCCCCGUGGCGCAUUUCUUCUUCUCGUCUGACUUCGAGAGCCGUAGCGACCCUUACAUAGCGAUAAGGUCAUGGAUAUCCCAAGUGAUGUCUCAUCCCAAGGCGUAUGAAGUCGUCUGUGACGAAUGCGACGCCCAGGAUGGACAGUCAGCAACGCGAGCACAUCUCGUUCAGAUGUUCCGCAAUAUCGUCUGCGCUAUGCCCGAGUGCACUUUCGUUUUGGACGGGCUGGAUGAAUGCACUUGGGUCAGAGAUGAUCAAAAAUUUGACAGCGACGCCGUGACCCAAUUUCUUAAGGCUCUUAGGCAAGCAGUCGCCGAUACGCACACACGAAUCCUGAUCGUUAGUCGUGAUGAAGCGGAAAUUCGGCAAGGCCUCAUUAGCAAUAGGAGCGAUGAUGUUUUCGAGUACAAGGUUUCCACUGAAGACGUCCAUUCCGACGCGGUAUCAUACUCCAGAAGCAUUGUAAACGAGAAAUUGUUCAAGAAACUGGAAACAAUAAAGCGCGACAUUGCUCAGAGGAUGGUGAACCGUUGCAGUGGCCAAUUCCUGUGGCUCAAGUUGCAAGAGGACUCCCUAGAUAGCUGGAUGACUAAACGGCAGCUCGAGACCGCAGUCGAGGAGACUCCGGCCGGGCUUGAGCAGACCUACGAGCGAUACUGGAGGAGGAUGUCGAAUUUUCCAGAGUGGAAACGAAGUCGAGCCUUCUCUCUACUACGGUGGACAGCCUUUGCUCUACGACCAUUGACGGUUUGCGAGAUUAGCGAAGCUCUGCUUAUCAAUGACGAUUGCGAUGACCUCCCCAUCGAGGAAAUGCCGGACUCCAUCGAUGAAGAUUAUAUCAACAGGGGGAUACUGGGCCUCUGUGGUUCGCUACUUGAGGUUCGGAGUACUUCGUCGGAAUCGCACGUAGGGGCCAGGACUGUACAUUUAACUCAUUUCUCAGUCAGGCAAUACUUGGUUUCCAACAUGUCGGCCCCGGGAAGUUCCAUAGUGGCCAACGAGCGAGUCUGGUCCUUUAACGAAGCUUUCCAAAACAGUCAAUUGGGUAGGCUGUGUCUACGCUAUGUGAAUUUCCGAAAGGUCUGGGAAGAUACGCUUCAGAAGGACGAAAAC